CUCUUCCAAACUUAGCCUUAAUUAAAAGGUCAUUUGAUCAUAUCACCACCACAGUUUUAAGAGAGAGUAAGUAGAUAGAGACUAGAUGGAGAAAGAGACCCGACUCACGCCACCUCAGACAAGAUUAUGAGACGCCAAUUGACUGAACGAUUAAUGCAUGAAGUGUUUACUCAUUUUUCAACCCACCACGUCGAAAUUGAAAUUCAUUCAUCUGGUUUUGGCCCAUGAAGAAUUGGAGAUGAUGUGUUUGGGAAUUGGGAUCAAGGAAGCUUUUGAUAAUUGAUAGUUGAGGGUCUGAGGCCAAAUUGGUCCAUAGAAUGUGAGAUCACUACUUUGAGUAUAUGAAUGCUCUGCCUCUACUCCAAGAAAGAAACAAAAAGGGAAGGUCUUCGGGGCUUCGAGUGAUGUACAACACAAAUUUUGGUCAUUCCGCUCCAAACGCUCGCUAUCCUCUUAACGAGUCGUAUCGCGUCGCGCGAAUGGGCUUUACUCGUUUUUAAGCGUGUUACUCAGGACCGAGAGUCCGAGGCCGACUAGCCUUGAAGCCCAAAAACAAUACGCUAACGUGCGCACCACCCUCGUUUUGGAGGAAUCCAUUAACGAUACUAGAGCAGAGCUUCAACACACAGGUGUGGAUUUUUUUUUUUAUUGGUUGGAACCUUUCCUGUCGUUAAUAUAAUCCGAACAAAAUACUAGGGUUUCCUCAUUUUACUUUUUUUAUUAGCCUGUUCACUAUUGUAUGCUGCAGCAAAGGAGGAAUCCUUGAGAGUGUUUGCAUGGAGAGUUUACUGAUUGAGAGGUUUCUUUCAUGAUUUUUUUUAAAGUUUAUGUAUCCUAGUGUGGUGGGUGUUGGGAAUCUGGUUUCUGUUUGAUGGUUUUUAGUUAUGGUUUUUUAUUUUUGAGGAACAAAAACUAUAUGAACGAUGAGGGUUGUUGUCCGGUUAAGGAGGAGAUGGAAGGUGAAGGUUUGGGUUCUGGAGCGGCUGGAGGGUUGCAUGCUGAUUCGGGCAUUGAUGGCGAGUUAGUUUCAGAAGGGAAGUCAUUGCAUCUGAAACCUAGGGCAGGUGAUGCGAAGAUGGAUGGAGAGGAGAACAAGUCUGGUUCUAAGAGGAGAUCGAAGCCGAUUGAAGUUGAAGUUGAUUCGGAUGAUGAUGAACCCAUAGGGUCUCUGUUCAAGCUGAAGAGGGCUCGGAAACCUAAAAAGGUUAGGUCUGGAUUGGAUGGUGCCAAGGUCGAAAAAGUUAAUGUUGAAAAGGUUGAAGUUAGGUCAGACAACUCCAUGGCUGAAGACGAGGAUUCGGGUGGAAUGGAUGACACCUUAGCAAAUUUUAGAAAGAAGCUGAAGGGUCCAAAGAUGGGUAAAGAUAGUGGAUCUGGUGUAGUUAAGGGAAAGGGUUCUUCCCUCAAUGUGGAAGGACCGUUAGGCGGAUCUUCAAACAAGCUCUUGAAGGACGGGGCAGUAGUAGAAAAAAUUCCCACAAAAGUGGUGGAGGAAGCCCCUACAUCUGGUGUUGAUGACUCAGACUUCCCUUCCGAUGGAGGGUUAGGGGAUAGGCCAAAAGUUCGAGGUAAGAGAUCUAGGCUUACUUCUGUUCCAAAGAAGGGGGAUUUUGAUGAUGGAUUGGAUGGACCUUCUGUUGUUGAGAAACCUCAAGGGGGUUCUUCAAAGAAAAAGAUUGGGGCGUUAAGGUCAGAGGAAAGCUUUAAUCAGUCUUCUGACGAAAACUUGGAAGUUUCACUAUCUGCAUUUGUCAGGAAAUCACAGUCUGGUUCUAUUAGAAAGGCCCGGUCUUCAUCUUCUCGGAAACAAAGAGGGAGCACUUCAGCUUCAUGGGAUGGGUUGAGUCAAUGCUUUGGGGAUUCAAUGAGAGUUCCAUCUGCAACUAAUCGGAAAUCACAUUCUGCUUCUGCUUCAAAUAUGGAUUGUGAAAACUCAAAACCUGAUGCUGAUAUCAAAGCAGAGGCUGGUGGAAGCCCAAUAGUUCCAGUGCCUGAUCAAAAUGAUACAGUGAAGUCUCUGAGAUCUGAUGGUUGUGUGACUCAGUCUUCAGAAUGGAUUCGAGAUGAUUCUUUAAUGAGCCUGCCUGCUUCUGUGUCAGAGGUUAAGGGCAAGAUGGGUACUAGUGAUGAUAGGUGCAAUAAAUCACCUGAAGGAAUCACAGAGGUUUCAGUUCAUAUUUCUGCACUUUCAAAAUCUGAUCAAGGUUCGGAUGUGGAAGGGAAGCCUUCAACAUUCUCCGAUAUUGAAUAUGAAGGAUGGAAGAAAGCGAUUCCUGAGAGACUGCCAGAGAACUGUGGUAGUUUAGACCCACCUUGUGAAGGGGGAUCUGAGCAACUAUUAAUUGAAGCCCAAGGAUCUGAUUCUGCUUCUAUUCUAACAGCCACAAUUGAAAGGCAGGGUCUCAGGGAUGGGUUAAAGCAGUGUUCAAAAGGCAAUGCAAGUGGUUUUGAGCAAGUUCCGAAAAGGAAAGAGGGAGUUCAUUUUACUGAUGAUGUCUCUGAUGGAUUUCCGCUUAAGUUUCCACAAGAGAUUCCAUCAUCCAUUGUUCAAGGAUCUGGUGAAGAAAGCCCUAAACCAAAUAUUGCUUUCUAUGAAACUUGUGAAGUCCAAAAGACAAGCAGAAUUGGUGAGUUAGAUGAUGUGUUGAAUCAAUCAACUGCCAGUGUUCAAGAGGUUUGCAAUUUAACCGCAAUCCAGAAACCUCUGUCUGAAUCUUCUCUGAUAGCAAGAAUAGAAUUAAACAGACAAUCUGAAGAAACAUUUAAAGAGAAUGUUAUCCAAAUUCACCAUAGUGAUUGUUUGAAUCAACCUUCUGAAAGUGUUUCUAAAGAUCUUCAUUGCCAUGUUAAGAAUGAGGGAACGCCAAUUUAUGACAAACUGGUUCAGCCUUUUGGUACUGUUUUGGAGAACUCCAUGACUUCUCUAGCAUACAGAACCUCUAUUCCAGUGAAGAUGGAUAACACCUUAAAGCAUGAAGGUAUUGAUAAUUUUUCUGAUGGACUCUCAGAAGAUUCUCAACUUGAGUGUCCAAAUCAAGCUCGUGGAAUUUCUAUUGAAGAGUGCCAUGAUGCUUUGGUCCUUAAGAAAAUGGAAGAAACCUCUCGAUCUGAAGUUCAUACGACUUCAGAGGUUAAAAAUUCCAACCUGGCUUCCCCUCUGAAUCAGAAGGCGGAAUCACCAGUUACUGGUGAUGUCCCCAACCCAUCUUCUGAUAGACUUUUCAUGGACUCAUCAGUCCCUAAUGAAGAGAAGAUACCUUCUUACGAUGCCUCAGAAGGGAUUAGUGUUAGAAAUCAAGAUUUUCUUUCUGUCAAGGUAGAAACCAAUCCAGAAGAUUGUCCAGAAGACGGAGAAAUGGCACCUGAUCCUGAAAACAAGGAUAGGCUAUCAGUAAUGCAGCGGGCUAUGCGCAAGGUUAAAAAGCGUAGGCAUGGGGACAUGGCUUAUGAAGGGGAUGCUGAUUGGGAGGUUCUGAUGCACGAGAAAAGUUUCUUUGAAAGUAAUCGUGUUCUUGAUAGAGACAAACCUUCUAGAAUGAAAGAUAAGUCUGAGUCCCUUACAAGUAUUGCUGCAGAUGUUGAUAAUUGUGGUGCAGCAGCAGUAGCAGCUGGGCUUAAGGCACGUGCAGCAGGUCCAGUUGAGAAAAUUAAAUUCAAGGAGGUUUUAAAGCGCAGAGGUGGAUUUCAGGAAUACCUGGAAUGCAGGAAUCUAAUUUUAAGCCUCUGGAGUAAGGACAUAACUCGCAUUUUGCCUCUCAUAGAUUGUGGAGUUGUUGAUGUUCCUACAGAGAAUGAAACAUCACGUGCCUCUCUUAUCAGGGACGUCUAUGAGUUUCUUGAUCAAAGUGGUUAUAUCAAUGUAGGCAUUGCUUCGGAAAAGGAUAAAACAGAAUCAUGUGCUAAAGUUCAUUGUAAGAUUUUGAAAGAAAAGAAAGCUGAGGAAGACUGUGGGACCGGAGUUGCUGAUUCAGAGGAUGGGGUUGCAUUCAUCAUAGGUCAGGCUAAGAGUUCUAAGAAUCUUACUGAAGCAAAAAAUACUAUUUCCUUGGAUGAUGAAAAGUUGACUUCAGAAGCCACUGUAGGCAAGAAGCUAGUUCUGCCAAGGACAGGAUCUGAGUUGUCUUUGCUAGAAUCAGAAGAAUGCAAGGUUGAUAAUAACCAGGAUAAUACUUGCAUGAAUGCAAAACCAUGUAGCACUCCAUUUGACCAGAUAGUCGAAGGCGGGCAAAAUCAUCUCUUAGAUCUGGGGCAUAUACGGGACACUUACAAAUUCCAAGCUGCUUCAGUCAAUACUAUGGAGAACAACAAUGGGCAUGGUGACUUGGAAAUCUGUAAGACAAUCAUUGUUGUUGGAGCUGGCCCAGCUGGUUUAACUGCAGCCCGCCAUUUACAACGUCAGGGCUUCUCUGUGACAGUGCUUGAGGCUAGGAAUAGGAUAGGUGGUCGUGUUUUUACUGACCAUUCGUCUCUUUCAGUUCCUGUGGAUCUUGGGGCCAGCAUCAUUACAGGCGUUGAGGCUGAUGUGGCAACUGAAAGAAGACCAGAUCCAUCAUCUUUAAUUUGUGCUCAGUUAGGCCUUGAAUUGACUGUAUUGAACAGUGAUUGUCCCCUUUAUGAUAUUGUAACAGGGCAGAAAGUUCCAGCAGACUUGGAUGAAACACUUGAAGCAGAGUACAACAGCCUCCUGGAUGACAUGUUAGUUCUUGUUGCACAUCAGGGUGAACGUGCAAUGAGAAUGUCUCUGGAAGAUGGAUUAGAAUAUGCCCUAAAGAGGCGUCGCAUGUCUCGGUCAAUAACAGAUGCUGAAGACUUUGCAUUAUAUACCUCUGUUAGUUCUGACAAUGAUGCUGAAACAGAUGGUUUUGGGAACAAAACCUCUAAUAGAACUAAUUCUGAAGAGGAUAUUCUGAGUCCACUUGAGAGGAGAGUAAUGAAUUGGCACUUUGCCAACUUAGAAUAUGGGUGUGCUGCUUUGCUCAAGGCAGUGUCUCUUCCUUACUGGAAUCAGGAUGACGUUUAUGGAGGAUUUGGAGGGGCCCACUGUAUGAUAAAAGGGGGUUACAGUUCUGUAGUCGAAUCUUUAGGGAAAGGCCUCAAUAUUCACUUGAAUCACGUGGUAACAGAAAUUUUUUAUAGCACUAGGGAUUCUAGAGAAGCUGAUGAACGUAAGGGUAAAGUCAAGGUUUCUACAUCAAAUGGUAGAGAGUUUAUUGGAGAUGCUGUUCUGAUCACAGUACCACUCGGUUGCUUAAAAGCAGAAACCAUAAAGUUUUCCCCAGUUCUACCAGAAUGGAAACGUUCUUCUAUCCAACGAUUGGGUUUUGGAGUUCUGAAUAAGGUAGUUUUGGAAUUUCCAUAUGUGUUUUGGGAUGAUAGUGUGGAUUACUUUGGGGCAACUGCAGAGGAAACAGAGCGGAGAGGUCAGUGCUUUAUGUUUUGGAACAUCAAAAAGACAGUUGGAUCUCCUGUGCUCAUUGCCCUUGUGGUUGGUAAGGCAGCAUUAGAUGGCCAAAAUAUGAGUUCAUCUGAUCAUGUGAACCAUGCUAUAAUGGUUCUUCGUAAACUUUUUGGGGAGGUUUCAGUACCUGAUCCAGUUGCAUCUGUUGUGACAAACUGGGGUAAGGAUCCCUUCAGUCGAGGUGCUUAUUCCUAUGUUGCUGUUGGAGCAUCAGGGGAGGACUAUGAUAUCUUGGGCAGACCUGUUGAUAACUGUUUAUUUUUCGCUGGUGAAGCUACUUGCAAGGAGCAUCCAGACACUGUUGGUGGUGCAAUGAUGAGUGGCCUUCGAGAAGCAGUACGCAUAAUUGACAUUUUGAGAACUGGAAAUGAUUGUACUGCAGAAGUGGAAGCAAUGGAGGCUGCUCAGAGACAGUCAGACAGUGAAAGGAAUGAAGUCAGGGAUGUUCUGAAGAGACUUGAUGCGGUUGAAGCCUCUAGUGUCCUAUACAAAAGCUCCUUGGAUGGGGCUCAGAUGCUAACCAAAGAGGGAUUGCUAAGGGAUAUGUUCACUAAUACAAGGACUACAGCUGGACGAUUACACCUGGCAAAAGAAUUGUUGAAACUUCCUGUUGAGUCUCUGAAGUCCUUUGCUGGGACCAAAGAAGGACUUGGUACACUCAACUCGUGGAUACUGGAUUCAAUGGGAAAGGAUGCAACUCAACUAUUGCGCCACUGUGUUCGCCUGCUUGUGCUUGUGUCAACUGAUCUGCUUGCUGUCCGUCUGUCAGGUAUAGGAAGGACGGUGAAAGAGAAGGUUUGUGUACACACUAGCCGUGAUAUUCGUGCUGUGGCAAGCCAGCUAGUCAGCAUGUGGAUUGAAGUCUUUCGCAAAGAAAAAGCUUCCAAUGGUGGAUUGAAAUUAUUGAGGCAAGCUAUGACAUCUGAUUCAUCAAAGGCCAGAUCAUCUAAAGAAUUAAGCUCUGGAAAACCACCUUUGCGUGCAACUCAGGGUACACUAGAUAAUAGAGACAGUGUACAUGUUCCUUCUGCAGGAAGCCAUUCUCCUUCCAAUCCAAACAUUAAGAAAGUGCACGGCAAGCCUUCAAAAUUAGAAAUCCUGGCUGAAUCCAGGUCUGAAGUUAAUUCAUCACGACCCCAGGUUGUUCAGAGCCUGGAUUCUAAGGUGGAGGAGAACUCUGUUGCCAUGUCUGAGGAAGAAGCUGCUGCAUUUUCUGCAGCAGAAGCAGCUCGGGCUGCUGCUCUUGCAGCUGCAAAGGCAUAUGCAUCUUCAGAAGCAGAAUGCAGUACAUUACGGGAGCUUCCCAAAAUCCCCUCAUUUCAUAAAUUUGCUAGACGAGAGCAAUAUGCACAGGUGGAUGACUCUGAUCUUAGAAGAAGGAAGUGGUCAGGGGGUGUUUUGGGAAGGCAAGAUUGUAUAUCAGAAAUAGACUCCAGGAACUGCAGGGUCAGGAAUUGGUCGGUCGAUUUCUCUGCCACUUGUGCAAACCUUGAAGGUUCAAGAAUAUCAGUUGACAACUCUGCACAAAGAAGCUACUCAAAUGAAGUUGCAUACCAAUUGAACCUCAGAGAGCACUCAGGUGAAAGUGCAGCUGUAGACAGUAGCUUUACAAAAGCAUGGGUGGACACUGCUGGUAGUGAAGGGGUGAAGGAUUAUCAUGCCAUCGAGAGAUGGCAGUCUCAGGCGGCAGCUGCUGAUUCUGAUUUCUACCAUCCAAUUUUACACGUCAGGGAUGAGGAGGAUUCAAACACAUCAUCAAAACCACCCUCUGGAAAGUAUGAAAGGCGGACAGAAGAAACAUCUGUUUCACAAGUUACGGAAAAUAGGGUAUUGAGGGAACACCAAUCUAGAGGAGCAGAGCGCAUUAAACAGGCUGUUGUGGAUUAUGUGGCGUCAUUACUCAUGCCCCUAUACAAAGCCAAGAAAAUUGACAAGGAAGGGUACAAGUCAAUAAUGAAGAAAAGUGCAACCAAGGUCAUGGAACAGACUACAGAUGCAGAGAAAGCCAUGGCUGUUUCUGAGUUUCUUGAUUUUAAACGGAAGAAUAAGAUUCGUGCUUUUGUGGACAAGUUGAUUGAGAGGCACAUGACAAUGAAUCCAGCUGUUAAAUCUUGAUGUCCCUGAGGGUUAUUGGGGAUGAACGGUAUUUCUUGGCACCUUUCUGUAUGAGCAAACAGAAGUAGGCUCUGUGGUAUUUGCCCCGUGGUUUAUGGUAUUCAUUAAAGGUAUUUGGGCCCUGGAGUACAAGGGUGGAUGGGAACCAUCUACUUAAGAUGCCUUCUACAAAUUGUCCGUUACCUGUCAAUGAUCUGGCAGGGUGGUGGAAGUGAAUGGCAGUUGCAGGUUGGUCCCUUUUGGGUCAUUCAUGUCUUCAAGCAGCAAAUGGAAAUGUUGGUGAUAUGCUCAAGACUGACAGUUGCAAAGGCUCCUCGUAUGGUGACCAUCUUCUAUGGUGGUACAUUUGUAAAGGCUCCUUGUAUUGUGAACUUCCUUGGAAUAUCGUUGAAUUAAAUGCUGCAUCAUGUCCAUCUGGAUGACGUAUUUCUGGUAUUAACACCACUUGAAGAUAACAUCAGAUUGCCAACAGAAUAGAAACUGGUCCUUAAUCUGUCAGAGAUUGUAUUUUUAGAGGAUCAAGAUUUAACCCUUUUUUUGUUCAGGGAUUUCCCAUAAUUGAUCGUGGAACCCACCCUACCCUUUCUUUUUCUUUUUAUAGAUUUUUAUUUUUAUUUCAAUUUCUUGUACAGAUCAAGAUUGUUUCUGUCAUCGACAGGCUUACAUAACAUGUGAACGAACUUCUCAUAAAAGGAGUCUGAAUUAAUGGCUGCCAGAUGCCGCUACUAUCUGAAA